AUGUACUCCCGACGAGUCUCCAAGAUUGCCCGGAGCUGCUCUGAUGGUGACGUGAAGGUGUUCUGUCAGGAGCACAAAAAGCUCGACAUGGCUCGUUACAAAUGCCCUUUUGAUGGGAAGAACCACCAGAAACGACAAGGAAUAGACGAGGCGAAGUACAUUGCUCACGCCCGCUUUGCAUGUACCGGUAGCAUCAACGGCGACAGUGACGACAACCGGCGCGGCAUUGUCAACGAAGAUUCAGAGAUCCACGGGGCCCCUAUAGAAGAAGAACGGAGCCACAACGAGUUGGAGGCUGUCGCUGAGCAGACAAACGCCAACGAUGGUGCAGCGGAUGCUGACAUCGAGAUGGCGGACAGCGCUGAGUGUUUCAACGAAACUGCUGCUGGCAAUGAUCAUGGGUUCGCGGGAGAGCAACUGUCAACGGGAGACGACAGCGCUUGGGACGAAAGCUGGUCGCGAAUCUCCGACAUUGGUGAUUUGGUCCUUGAUAGUCCUGAUGAUCCCUGGGGUGGUUUUGACGGGAGCGAGGCGUUCAGCUUUGUUUGCGUGGACGGUGCUUCAGCGGACGAAAAAUAG